AUGAACAAGUGGUUAGAGGGAAACCUUCGAUGCUUUUCCAGUGACAGACCAAAGGAUUGGGCUAGAUGGCUAGCAUUAGCAGAGUGGUCUUACAAUACCUCAGAGCAUACUUUUAAAAGGUUCUGCCCCUUUGAGGUUGUGUAUGGUCAAGCUCCACCAUGCCUCCUUCCAUAUGAGCCGAGAUCCACAACAGUGCAAGCUGUCGAGGAGGAGAUGAAGAGCCAGGACUUCAUCCUCACUCUGGUGCGUGAAAACUUGCAGGAAACUCAAGCAAGGAUGAAAUACUAUGCCGUUGUAGUGAGAAGGAGGUUGAAGCUUUCCCCAAGAUAUUUCGGACCCUUCCAGUCCCAGAUCACACAAAGGAUCGGGAAGGUCACAUACAAGCUAGAUCUGCCCAAGGAUUCCAAGAUCUACCCAGUAUUUCAAAUCUCAUGCCACAAGAAGAAGCUCGGAGCCAAGAUAAACCCUAACCGUAAGCUACCAUCGAUUAUGGAGGAUGGAACCUUGUUAGCUUAA